UAAGGAAUGGGGGUUGAUUCAUCAAAUGUUGCCUGUGAGAACCUGGGACAAUUGUGGUACUCGUGAGAAAGGCUGUAAUUAUGAGGGCUCGCGCGAAGUCAUUGAUGAAUGAUCAAUGAACUUGGCUCUAUGCUUCCAUGAGCUUCGGGUAAUUGGCCCCCGCCUUCUGCAGCCGACUUUGUCAUGGAUCAUGUUCUACCGUAGUUCUCCCGCAUCCCAGAGGCAAAAGCACCGGGCACGACAGAUGGAUCCGACGAAAAACACCCAUUUAGACUCAACCAAUGACCAAGCUGCUGCUUGAGAGACCCGUUGCAGCCGGGAAAGACAUUGGUAAGAUGACAUGAUAUUCCGUGACCGACCGGAGCGACAUAUCUAAGCAUGCUCAUGGUCGAUUUUCACACGAUGGCCCGUUGGUCUAGAGAAAAGACGAUAGAGGUCCAGGUGAGGCGGUGUUGCGGCUCCGUGGAGAGAAGUAGGUUGGGAAGUUAGUAUCGACAGGGCUCAUCGAGAUAUACACACAUUGACAGAGCUUAUACGAGCAUAAUCGUGUACACCAUGUCACGCAUUGAGUCCGAGGCGAACCGCACACCCACUCCGGCGUCCAAAACAUCGCGAAUCAGGAAGUAGCUGUCAGGCAAGGUAUCGCUCAUCUUGCCGUAGAGGCCACAGAAAGUUACAACGGAGCGCAAUCCGGAGAAAAAAAGGCCCAAUUCAGUGAGGAAGUGGAAGAGCGCGAUUCGUUAAAUUCCGAAAGGGCAGCCGUCGUACAAGGAUUUCCGCGGUCUCCUUCGUUCCCCAUCACAAUGAUGUCACUGAUGCCGUGGGACGUGCACUGCAGUCACGGAUCAGCGCCUGAUGAGGGCCACUUACUACGCGCAGCUGACCAACGGUACGACUCCGAACGGAAAUUCAGAACAGAAGCGGGAUACUAUAAGAAGGUGUUUGUCUCGAUGUGAGUGGCACUUGAACCACCUUCUCCUACACGCAGAACGCAGCUCUUUCUGCUCCUCCCACCAUGUCAGAAGCACAAUACUCUAUCGCCGUACCCGACGACGCCCUGGCCUCGUUGCACCAAAAGCUCAAGGCCGCUAGAUUCCCGGACGAGUUGGAGGACGCGGGGCGCGACUACGGCGCGCCCUUGGGGGAUAUCAAGCGGCUCGUUGCGCGGUGGAUCGAUGGCUACGACUGGCGCAAGCACGAAGCCGCUCUGAACGCGGAGCUGCCCCAAUUCACGCGCGACAUCGCGGUGGACGGGCACGGCACACUCAACAUCCACUACGUCCAUAAGAAGAGCGCGGUGCAGGGUGCGAUCCCCUUGCUGUUCGUGCAUGGAUGGCCGGGAAGCUUCUUCGAGGCGAGGAAGAUCGCGCCCUUGCUAGUGGCGCGUUCUGAUGAACAUCCGAGCUUCCACGUCGUUGCGAUGAGUCUACCGGGUUAUGGGUUCUCCGAAGCCCCAAAGAAGAAGGGAUUCGCCAUUGAGCAGUUCGCUGAGGUCGGCAACAAACUCAUGCUGGCGCUGGGCUACAAUGAAUACGUCACGCAAGGAGGCGACUGGGGAUACUAUAUCACGCGCACGAUCGCGAAGCGUUAUGGCCACGAGCACGCCAAAGCUUGGCACACCAACUUUCCUUUGGGCCGCCCUCCGACACCCUACUCCGAAGAAGGACUAACCGAGCAGGAAAAGACCGGUCUGGAGCGCCUGAAAUGGUUCAACGGACACGGACGGGGGUACUACGCUGAGCAGUCGACGCGGCCCCAGACGGUGGGCUACGCGCUGGCCGACUCGCCCGUCGCCCUGCUGGCCUGGAUCUACGAGAAACUCGUUGACUGGACGGACAAGUAUCCUUGGGACGACGACGAAGUCCUGACAUGGAUAUCCGUCUACUGGUUCUCUCGGGCGGGUCCCGCCGCCUCAGUCCGCAUCUACUAUGAGUUCUCAGAGGGCACGUACGACGGGGUGAGGAAGGACAUCUACACGGCCGCGGAAUACCCGACGAUCCCGCUGGGAAUGUCUCAUUUCCCCGCAGAACUGGUCAUCUUCCCGGUCAGCUGGACAGAGGCCUCCGGUAACGUCGUGUACCGAAAGAUCCACAAUCGCGGAGGCCAUUUUGCGGCUUACGAAGCACCAGAGUCAAUCAUGGGUGACUUGCACGCGAUGUUCAAGAAGGGCGGUCCUGCCUUUGAUGUUGUCAAGGGGCACAGCGGCUACGACUGAACAACGGAUAUCGAUAACAGGCAAAGUCGAGUCAACAUGUAGUCAAUACCGAAUCGUUCACGAUAAACGCUCAGAAGUACCUGAAUUCCAACUUACACCCAAAGUUUAUGGAAGAUGGAUCGCACUCUGCACCGUGUACUUGUAACGGGUAUCGUGAACGCCCACUGUUCCGCGUCUGUCUACCGCGAUGUCGGGCGUGAAUUGAGGCAGUUUUGCGCUCAGAGCGGCUUUGUGCUUGCCCCAGUCGCAGUCGUCGCUCCACCAGCCCCAGGCGACGAGUUAUUUGAUGUCUGCCAUGUCCCACGUCGCCUCGUCCAGCUGGUCCGAAUAUCUAGCAGCUUUCAGCUUUUGGUACGGCGAGGCCAGCAGUGGUCAGAUGCGGCGAUGGUGUGUUGACAUUGGUUGAGAGCAGAAAGAGCUCUUUGAAUAGCGAUAGAAUAGGGAAGAAAGGAUCCUUAGGGUCUUGCGCACGCGUUGCCUGACACUGGACGAGAGAAUUGGCGCGGUAGUGAACCUACUUCCGCUUUGUGGGAUCGUUCCGUCGCAUUGGUAAGCUGUUAUGUCCUCAGCUCGAGCGCUGACAGUAACUGCAACAUCUCAUAGGCCCGGUGUGAGGAGCUUGCUGACAGGUAGCCUUGCCUGGAAGAGAUGCUGUUUUGAUGGUGCUUGUCGAUGUCACUGGCAUCAGUGGACGCACACACUGGCGAGACCAAACACUGUCAGCGUCCAUUCACGCAUAGACUCCAAUCUCCGCGUCCCUAAUGUGAACGCGUCGUUGCUGGUCGAUGUUUUCACUCCCUCAAUGAGGUUAACCACGUCAGACCAACAAGCGAGCGUCGACGGCGCACAACUGCUCGCAAAUUGCGACCGCUAUGGCACAGCACGCCUUGGUGCAACCUUUUCUCCCUCUGAGAAGCCAAGCGGGUGUGUUCCGCUGUCUGCGUCUUGCAGAAGUCAUUCUCUCUGACAAGUUUCCUUUGCCGAACUCUUCUCGGCACCCGUGGUGUAAGCGGUGGUUUGACGCUUGAGCACUGAGGUGUUGAUGGUGAUGAACCGCAGUCAUUUCUCUUGACUACACGUUCAGCGUAUGUGCUCGAGGACAGACAAUAUAUAAGGCAUCCUCUUGCAAUGGCUCACCCAUAUCAACCUCAACCAUGAUCGUGGACCUCAUCCUCCCGGCUGUGGCUACUCUGCUCGCGUCCG